AUGUCACCCGAAUUUCCUGUGUUCACACGUCAAUCAUCAGCGGAUGCAGAAAACGCAGAACCUAUGCCUCGUGGCGAUAGCGCAGUGAUCAGAAGUGUGCCUUCAAGUUCUCAUCUAGUUGAUGCUAAUCGUCAGAUACCAGGAACUCCCGCAUAUCAAGUCGCCACGAUACCAUCUACACCCCUUAGAACCGGCAGUUCGGGCGUAAUGCCUCCAGCUACCGUAGUAGGUUUAUCAAAUGGCGCUCCUGUUCUGCUCGUUAUAGGUGCUCCUGGCUCUCAAACUUUCGAAAUAGCGAGUCGUUUGGCACAGCAGCAUGAGGGAUUCCUCUUCCUUUCUAUGGGAGUGCUGCUGAGGGACAAAGUGAAAGCAGAGAAGGAAGACGAAUUGUGGCAGAGAGUUGGAAGAAAAAUAGAAAAAGGCGAACCAGUGCCGAUGGCAAGUAUCUAG